CUAUCCAGCUGUCCCACUUGACCGCACGCGCCUCCAGCCUUUCUUCUUCAACUCGCGAGCCACGGCACACGUAUAUCCGGGCUCAUUUCCGGCUCGGCAAGUCAUUUCCGUCAGCUGGUGGCGGUGAGCGCCUGGCCCCGAGCUCUACCGUUGCAACGUCACCAUGGCCGACUACGAGGCCUCUUCACCGGUGCAUCACAAUCACAACAGCAUCAACAACAACAACUCUCGAACCCCGUUGCUUGCAUGCCAUGAAGCACUCCGAGUUGGUCGCGCUCAUUCCCGUGGGCGACAAGCGCCUCAAACCUCGCCGCACGUACGAUCUCUUUUUCACCAACGCCUGACACCUCCAAGUGUGCACGUCUCGAAUACAAGUUGCUACACGACUCAUGCCGUGCGUGCUGGCUGUCGUGCUUGUUCCGGACUUUGUGCCGGCUUGUGCAAUGAUCACAGGAAGCUAAUCAUUGCGAGCACCACGCUCUUGACGGCGCUGAUUAUCGGCAUGACCAUGUUCUUCCUGUACCCACGCACCGUCGGCAUGCGUGUUACGGGUGGCACGGCAAACAAUUUGACCGUCGUGUGUUUGGACAACCACACCAUCGACUAUUUCAACAUGACGAUUGAAUGGGACCUCAUCGCCGAAAACCAAAACUACCUUGCCGUCUCCUUGAGCCAAGGCUACUUGAGCAUGAAAACAGCACACGACGAAUCCAUGGGUAACAUGACCGUCAGCUUUGACGCCAUGCCCCACCGAAAGAAGAAUUCAGUCAAGCUCGUGGUCAAUGCCACCAUUGGCGGUGCAGAUGCUGUGAAGGUAUUCGAACCGAGCUGCGUGUCGGCGACCUCGCGACCUUACAAUCGCUUUGCAGUCCAGUUUAUGCUCAACGUCACAGCCAAGCUCUUGGACUUUCACGAGUCCAUCACCGUGGACACGAUCAUCUUGGUCGGUUGUCCCAUCACUCAAGCUCCACUGGGUCCUGCUAGCACCCUUCCGCUCAACACCACAACAGUGGCACCCACCACAAGCACCAACACCGACACCAACGUCACCUCAACACCCAGCACGACCCCCCACUGGUGGCGUCGGGAAGCUCAUUUGACCACGCCCGAGCCCAUGGCUGCUGAGCAGGACGAAGCCGUGACCUACGCCGUGGUGUUGGCACAAACCCUCCCUCAAGUCGGCCACAGCUCUGCGGACAUGUGGUUCUUUGAUACAGAUCAGGCCCCGUGCUUGGAACUCUAGAUCUAUUUUAGUUUUGUAUCUGGGCGUGAGCGGCACUGAGAGUUGCCUCAGUGGGCCUGAGGCCCGCACGCUCGCCUGAGGCCUUGUGUGCAUGUGUGCAUGUGAUCUGGGUAACAACUUGCACCGCUCAACUCUCUCUACCUCCUCCGGCUGGUCUCCUUUGCAUCUCGAGGAGAAAUGUCACCACCAGCAAACAGCAAAUUGAUGUUGAUAUGUU